AUGACGAAGCUUACUCUCCAGUCAAAGCAUCGACUGCAGUCGGGGCAUGAAAUCCCUGUCAUUGGAUAUGGGGUGUAUCUGAUUCCCUCGUCUGCGACUGAGAAGGCUACCCUUGAAGCCCUGGACAUUGGAUUCCGCCAUGUCGACUCAGCGAUUAUGUACCGCAACGAGAAGCCCUGCGGAAAGGCAAUCCUGAAUUCCCCACUGGACCGAUCGCAGGUGUUCUUCACGACAAAGAUCCCGCCCGAAUCAAUGGGCUACGAGGCCACCAAGCGGGCCAUCAACUCGAGUCUACGAGAAGCAGCACAAGACUACUUCGACCUGAUUCUAAUCCAUGCCCCAUAUGGCGGCAAGGAAGCCCGUCUAGGCUCCUGGGAUGCUUUAGUCGAAGCCCAGAAUGCAGGCAAAACUAAAGCCAUCGGGGUGUCUAAUUACGGUAUCCACCAUCUCGAAGAACUGGAGGCCUACAUCCACGGCGGCGGAGGUGGCCAGAUCGACGUAGGUCAGUACGAGCUGCAUCCAUGGCUGGACCACUCGGAUAUCGUGGAGUGGCUGCAGAAGAGAAACAUAAUCGUCGAGGCAUACUCCCCCCUUGCGCAUGGAAGCCGAUUGAGAGAGCCCGUGUUGGCGUCCAUCGGGAAGAAGUAUGGGAAGACACCGGCGCAGGUGUUGAUUCGGUGGAGUUUACAAAUGGGAUUCGUGCCUCUGCCUAAGUCUGCCACGCCCCAGCGCAUUCGGGAGAAUGCCGAUGUCUUUGACUUUGAGCUGGCAGCUGAGGAUAUGAAGUUGCUGGAUACAGGAGAGUAUUCGCCCACGGACUGGGAUCCGACCGUUGACGAGGAUUGA